UCUCAGGAGACAGGAUAGGGCAUCUGCAGAGCCCGAGACGUUUCUAAAUAAAACUGGAAUAACGCCAUGAGAUUACUUCGUCUCUGAUGGAGGUGAUGUUUUGGUAGGAACCUCUAUCGUAGGAUGCUGCGGCGUUGCGCGAGGAUCCUGAACAUCACAAUGAAGCUGCUAUUUUUGGUGGCACUCUUAUGGCGCGGAGCAUUGUGCGGAUCUCCGAGCGUCCAGAUUGGUGGUUUAUUUCCCAGGGGUGCAGAUCAGGAGUAUAGUGCAUUCCGAGUUGGCAUGGUUCAGUUUGGGAUGGCAGAUUUCAGACUGACUCCACAUAUAGAUAACCUGGAGGUGGCCAACAGCUUUGCCGUUACUAACUGCUUUUGUUCCCAGUUCUCUCGGGGUGUCUAUGCCAUUUUUGGCUUCUAUGACAAGAAGUCGGUCAACACCAUCACCUCCUUUUGUGAGACACUUCAUGUCUCCUUCAUCACACCUUCUUUCCCAGCUGAAGGAAUGAAUCAGUUUGUUCUCCAAAUGAGGCCGGACAUCAAGGGGCCACUAGUUUCAUUAGUGGAGUACUACAAAUGGGAAAAGUUUGCCUAUCUGUAUGACAGUGAUCGAGGUCUUUCAACUCUUCAGGUUGUACUGGACACUGCAGCAGAGAAAAAAUGGGUCGUCACCGCAAUAAAUGUAGGAAACCUGAAAGAUGAGAGAAAAGAUGAAGCCUACCGGUCCCUGUUUCAGGACCUGGAGAUCCGUAAGGAACGACGCAUCAUACUGGACUGUGAGCAAGAUAAAGUGAAAGACAUCAUGGAGCAGGUGAUCACUAUAGGCAGGCAUGUAAAGGGAUAUCACUAUAUCAUCGCAAACUUGGGCUUUGUGGAUGGCGACCUCUCUAAAAUCCAGUAUGGAGGUGCAAAUGUGUCUGGCUUUCAGAUUGUAGAUUUUGAUGAUCCUGUGGUGGCAAAGUUUGAUCAGCGAUGGGAGGCUUUGGAAGAGAAGGAGUAUCCCGGAGCUGACAUGCGGAUCAGAUAUACUUCAGCCCUCACGUAUGAUGCAGUCCAUGUGAUGACUGAGGCGUUCCGCUUCCUUCACAAGCAAAGAAUAGAUAUAAGUCGUCGUGGCAACAGUGGGGACUGUCUAGCUAAUCCAGCGGUGCCUUGGGCACAGGGGGUGGAAAUUGAGCGUGCCCUCAAACAGGUGCGUGUAGAUGGUUUAACAGGGACUAUUCAGUUUGACCAGUACGGGAAGAGGAUCAACUACUCAGUGACAAUCAUGGAGCUAAAGAACAACGGACCUGUUAAGAUCGGGUACUGGAAUGAGGUGGAUAAGAUGGUUUUGACAAAGUCAGACCUGUACCCAAACGACACAAUGGGAAUGGAAAAUAAGACGGUCAUCGUUACAACUAUACUGGAAGCACCAUAUGUGAUGCUAAAGAAAAAUGCAGAAUUGUUUCAAGACAAUGACCGUUAUGAAGGUUACUGUGUUGACCUGGCUGCUGAGAUUGCAAAGCACUGUGGUAUACGCUACCAGCUAAGGAUUGUGGGAGAUGGCAAAUAUGGAGCAAGAGAUGCUGAAACCAAGAUCUGGAAUGGUAUGGUUGGAGAGCUGGUGUAUGGGAAAGCAGAUAUAGCAAUUGCUCCCCUGACAAUCACUCUUGUCCGUGAAGAGGUGAUAGAUUUCUCCAAACCUUUCAUGUCUUUGGGAAUCUCCAUCAUGAUCAAGAAGCCACAGAAAUCCAAACCAGGUGUUUUCUCCUUUCUGGACCCACUGGCCUAUGAAAUCUGGAUGUGCAUUGUCUUUGCCUACAUAGGAGUUAGUGUUGUUCUUUUUCUGGUAUCCAGAUUCAGCCCUUAUGAAUGGACACUUGAGGAGCCAGAGGACGGAGCCUUGCCAUUGACAACUGAAUCCACCAAUGAGUUUGGGAUCUUUAACUCCCUUUGGUUCUCUUUAGGUGCUUUCAUGCGGCAGGGUUGUGACAUCUCACCAAGGUCUCUUUCAGGUCGCAUAGUUGGGGGUGUGUGGUGGUUUUUCACUUUGAUCAUUAUCUCAUCAUACACUGCUAACCUGGCUGCCUUCCUGACGGUGGAGAGGAUGGUGUCGCCAAUUGAGAGUGCUGAAGACCUGGCUAAACAGACAGAGAUAGCAUAUGGAACACUGGACUCUGGAUCCACCAAGGAGUUUUUCAGGCGUUCUAAAAUCGCCUUGUUUGACAAGAUGUGGCAGUACAUGAAAUCAGCAGAACCUUCCGUUUUUGUCAAGAAGACAUCAGAGGGUGUUCAGCGUGUCAGGAAAUCCAAGGGAAAGUACGCUUACCUGCUGGAGUCCACCAUGAAUGAGUACAUUGAGCAGCGGAAACCCUGUGACACCAUGAAAGUUGGAGGAAACCUGGACUCCAAAGGCUAUGGCAUCGCCACACCCAAAGGAUCCCCAUUAAGAAAUGCGGUGAACCUGGCGGUGUUAAAGUUGAACGAGCAGGGGCUGCUGGACAAACUGAAAAACAAGUGGUGGUAUGACAAGGGAGAGUGCGGCAGCGGAGGAGGGGAGAGCAAGGAGAAGACCAGCGCUCUAUCUCUUAGUAACGUGGCGGGAGUCUUCUACAUCCUGGUUGGAGGUCUGGGUCUAGCCAUGAUGGUAGCACUGGUAGAGUUUUGCUACAAGAGUCGCGCGGAAGCCAAAAAAAUGAAGAUGAAAUUCACGGAUGCAAUGCGCUCCAAAGCUCGUCUGUCCAUCACAGGAUCGACCAGCGAGAAUGGUCGUGUUCCGGUGGCUUACCUCCGUCCUGGAUUACCCAUGAGCCUCAGCAUGACUGAUCUCUCCUGACUACAUCCAAGCCAGUGCCUUACAGCUAGAAAGACUGGACAGAUGUCCUCCCAUCACUUGGCUGUCAGGCUUCAGCAAAGACCUGCCCACCUAUAAAGAGAGUCACUUGACCAUCAGUGAGAAGAAUGGCUGUUCAUAUACAAAUUCAUGAAAAGCAAUCAAGCACAGUGGACAGUUUUCUAAUCAAAUACACAUCACUGUUUAAUAGGUUUUUUCCUCUUGUACAGAAAACAAGGACAACAGCUACACUGAUGCUAACGCAAUAACAUUAAUCAGGGAUGUGAUCAGGAAUCGUGGAUCUAAAAGCAGAAUUUUAAGAUGAGUGCAAAAACUGAUAUAAUGAAAAAUCACAUCCAUAAAAUAUUAGUAAUUGUGAUAGCAGAUAAUGAUGUUGCUAUUGUUCCUAUUUUUUCUCAUUUCUGCCUGAAAAUCCCUAAUUAAUGGAAACUUUUACCAGAUUAAGGGAUGCAUGGACUGGCAACCACAGGUGCACACAACACAAGCCACUUGUACAACACAACACUACAAAACAUAAUAAGCAGGGAUGGGCUAACAUGGGUCAAAAUGUUCAAAUCCUUAUACAGGAUUUGAACAUUUCUGACUGUGACAGCAAAACCAUCAACAAAUGAAACUGGAGACAAUGGGAAUGCCUGGGUCAGUGGUUUUCACCAAAUCUCAUCAGUAUUUUACAAUUUAACAAAAGUUAAGUAAUUAUAAUAAUGCUAAUAACUAGGCUUUCAUCAAAUGUACUCCACCUCACAUUCAAGAUAUGUUAAAUUAUUCAACAAGAUCCCCAAAAUAUUCAAUGGCACAAAGUACUGCGACAUGACAUUCUGCUUCAUUUUAUACAUUUAACUGGACUCCUGGUGAUAGAACUGUGCUUACAAGUUACACAGUAACUUAUUGAUAUUUUGUAGUCUUUGCAGUAUUACUGUACAUGUGUUUACAUUUUGCUCUUGUUCAUUGGGCAGUAGCUUAACAGUGAUUUAUGUUUGACUGUGUGAAGCACACAGCUCUAAACAUGUAAUAGUCGGCAUAGUGAAACUGUAUAAUAGUCAUCAUAAAUCAUGUGGAAUCAGUUCAAAUAUAGUUUAAUGCCUUGUGUAGGCAACAUUCCUCAUUUCUUAAGGUAUUUCCUAUAUUAGUGUUGACUACAGCACCAUUACAGAGCUAGAUUUGGCCACAAAAUAGUGUUAGGCAGUGAAAAACUAGGUGUGGAUUCAACCUAGUAAUGCACAGAUGACACAGUGUGGUUAGUAAGGCAAGUUUUACUUGUUGAUCAAAAGAAAGAGAUGUGUGUGUUAGCAGAAGCACACUACAUUACAAGGCAUCCACACAAGUAAAGAUUGAAAGAGGUGCUCUUUUUUUUUUUUUAAGUCAAAAUUGGGUAGAAUAUGGAAACACAAACGCAGACUGAAAUUUAGAUCAGCUCACUGAAGGUGAGUUACAAAAAAACGAAAGCAGCAGGUCCUAUUUGAAUAUGCAGAUUUGGCUCCGUUUCAGAACAAAGUUCUGUGAAGCGUCGGCGCCCGCUCAGCUGUCAUGCUUGUUUAAGUAUUCAGAAACUUUUCCCAUGAUGACUGUGCCAAUCAUCUGUGCCAGUCAUUAAAGUUUUAUCCUUAAAUAAAUACAUACAAAAUAGCUACUUUGAGGAAGUGCAGUUACUUGUUAUGCUCUGUAAAUCUCCACCAGGGAGGACACCAGAGAUAACAAGUUACCAUUCCUGGACUGUGCGGUGCUUAUCGAGGAAGAUGGAAGCCUCAACAUUGAAGUUUACCGGAAGCCCACACACACAGACCAGUAUCU